UUGAUUCAGUACCUGAAAAUGACUUAACAGUUGAGAGGAAAGUUGACUGUUUAUAUGAUUUAACGCAUAAAAUCUACAACUCGCUCAACAAGCCGACUAUCAUAAACGGCGAUUCAGAACAAUUAUACAAGUCCGAUGUCCUAAACAACGAUAAUCAAACAGAAAACUCAUCUCGCUCUGAACAUUAUGACUUGUCUAUGGAUCUGGAAGGCGUUAAACUCGAUGUUGUAAAUUAUGACUUCUCUAUGGAUCUGGAAGGCGUUAAACUCGAUGUUGUAAUUAAUCAAUCUAAGCUUUCAAACAGUAUCUCAAUAAACCAAAAAGAUACUAGCCAAAACACUGAAGCGAUCAAUCAACUCAGAGACCAAUUGUCUAAUAUGCAAAGCAGAAUUGUUGCAUUAGAAGCCAAACUAGAUAAUCCCCUACCAAAGAAAUUAACAACGAAUCAAAAUUCCCCGGAGAACAAUGAGAGUAAGACUGCCUCGCCACCAACACAACCUCCAUUGAAUCAGUUAAACAAUGUCGAAAUAUCGAUUAUAAAACCCUUGGCCUUGGAUGAAAAUACAAAUCAAUCACGCGUUAAUUUAGAAAGCAAUCAAGAUCAAAACGAGUGGUUGAACCCUGCGCUUGAUCCCCUAGAACUAAAUAAGACAGGACUAAAAUUAAG